CCAUCGUAGUAGAGGUAGUUAGCCUCUUCGCGGCCGCCCUUGUGGUCGGGUUCCUAGCGUUUGUAGCUUACGUUGCCUUCAUACAUCACAAAUACUCCCAUAUUCCGGGUCCACCGCUGAGCAAUUUCUUCACUGGAAAUUUGCAACAGAUAAGGAAUUGCGUCUCUCUUCCUGAAUACCUAACGCAACUCAUGCUCAAAUAUGGCAAAGUGUACAAGAUGUUCAUUUUCCAGAAGCCCAUUGUUGUCGUCCUUGAACCAAGUUUCCUGAAGGAAGUCAUGCACUCAACCACGCACAGCAAACCGGCAGUGGAACACGCCAACUUCUGGCACGUCUUCGGUUCCCGAUGUUUCUACCACGGCCUUCUCACAGAGACAGACGUUCCUAAGUACUUGAAAAGGAGGGCGCUGUUCAAUCCUGCCUUUCACCGAAGGGUCUGCUGCAAGUCUGUCCUUGGAGAUGGUGGUAGCGUCGGAGGUGGGGACAUUGGUGAACAGGGAGACGACAUCAAAGCUGACCAUGAUGUCGUCUGGCUGGAGGGUGAGGUCUUGGAUGAGGGCAGCAAACUGGUCCGAGUUCUUGACGUGAUGUUCGGUGUUCCCCACCAAGGGCAGAAAAAUUUUGGCGAGGGCUUCAUGGACCUGCAGGCGGAUCUCAUCAGCUGCGGACUUGUCAAGGUGGCGGAGGAUCGGUUCGGUGUGCUGGAUGCUGUCUUCAGCAUUACUUCCCACCAUAUCCAGCGCAUUCUCCACAAGCAGGGUAUUCGGGUUUUCCACACAGCCCCACUGCAGUUGCACAACCUGUUCACUUCGCACAAGGACCGGCAGGACCCCCAACGCAGACCAGGGGUGUACAGAAUUCCCUGCCAAUGUGGCAAAGUGUACAUCGGCGAGACGGGCAGGGACCUCCCUACCCGAAUCAACGAGCACAAAACUCAUGGCAGGAAGGGAGAGCUUGAAAAGUCGUCAAUAAUCAAGCACUCACACACUGAAGAUCAUCAGAUCAACUGGAGCCAAGCUGAACUCGUCACCAGCAUCGAACGAUGGUACUUGAUGCAGUCAAUGGACGCCUUCAACGACAGUGUGGAUUUGCUUAUUCGGAAACUCUCCAAGGAUGCCAAUGGAAAAACGGAGGUCAAAAUGUUGGACGUGUUCAACAAAAUUACGCUAGACGUCGUCGCCAAGGUUGCCUUUGGGCUUGAACUGGACGAUGUAAUGGAGAAAGAUUCGCCCUUCACUCAGGCCAUCCUGAUGACGCUGCUAGGGAUUCAGUCACAGUUUUUCGAGCCUUGGAGGCGGUUUAGUCCACUGUCCAGUGACCGUAAGUUCCGACAAGAUGUUCGCCAGGCCAUUAAGUAUGUGCGGGCAACGGGUCGUCGAUGCAUCGAGGCCAGACUCGAGGCGAAGAGGCGAGGAGAGAAGCUACCAAGAGACCUCCUCACCUACAUCCUGGAGGCAUCCCGAGACUUCCAAGCAGACAGUGACUUCAACAUUGAAGAAAUGAUCGACGAAUUCUUCACUUUCUUCUUUGCGGGCCAAGAAACAACAGCUAAUUUAAUGGCUUUCAUAUUGGUGGAGCUAGGACACAAUCCAGAGAUCUACCAAAGAGUAAUGACAGAGGUCAAUGCUGUGUUUGGUGACAAAGAGAGAAUAGAAUAUUCGGAUCUGGGAAAGCUGGAAUAUUUAAGUAUGGUUAUCAAAGAGACUCUUCGCUUGUGGCCUCCCGCAUUUGGCACCAAUCGUGAGAUGGCUUGUGACAUGACCGUCCUCGGUUAUAAGAUACCUCAAGGCACGGUGGUUUGGUUGAACACUUACGUGAUGGGAAGAGUUGAAGAGUUUUUCAAGAACCCCCUGGUGUUCGACCCUGAAAGAUUCUGCAAGACGGAAAAGGGAGAAAGGGAGAAGAAUCUCUUCACAUACUUCCCCUUUUCUAUGGGUACGAGGGCCUGUAUAGGACAAUCAUUUGCGCUGAUUGAGGCUCGACUCAUCAUCGGUCGCCUUCUUCACAACUUCAAGUUCACUCUGGCGCCAGGACAGCGUCGAGAUGACAUCCUGCAAGAAAUAACGAUCAAGCCGCGCCAAAGAUGCACGAACUACCUGACACCCAUUCGCUAGAUAAAAUCCACGGCAGAGAACAGUUACAUGACAUAGUCAUUAUGCUGGGCCCGAGCAGAGGGGAAGGCAAUCGUUUGUGUAAAGAACACAUUAUCUGCUGACUUUGUGUUGAAACUAUAUAAGCCAAUUAACCUUGGUCGAUUAGUUCAAUUUAUUCUUUAGUUGUACUGCAACUUGCAAUCAAUAUUUUGAAGUUAAACUCUGAAACAAUCAGACUGAUAUCAUCGAUAAUACUUUUCGGGGGCAGAAUACCAUUUACGCAUGUAAAUGGUGAUUAAUAUGCCAAGCGUAACACCUGUACCCAGUUCUGACUGGUGUACUAGAUCAAAAUCAGAACCACAUUUUACUAUUAUAUGCCUUUCUAAGGGGAGAGGGGACAUUGUUGGGGCUGUACGCCGUUUUGGAGGGAAAUUCAAAAAAAGUCGCUUGGCUUUUUAGCAUGGCCCUCGUUGCGCUAAUCUCAGAUUCGCCCUUUGUUAAUAAUAGCUAAUGGGUCUGAUUCUUGAGUCAAAAUCGAAAGUGAGGUUAACUCUUUAUUUUUUUUAACUUGAAAGCAUCAAUGAAAGAAUGAAAUUUCUUGUAAGUGUAACUUAGUACGUGUCUACUCUGAUGGGUAAUUUCAUACCGUAGUGUUUUACGCCAGAUUUGUCAAAUAAAAAUGAAACGGAGGCUUAAACUCAUAUGACUGCCAUUCUAUAUUUAACAAUUAAAAAGAUAUCCGACCAACAAGAUCAAGAUGGCUUCGAAAGGAAUAAGGUCCAUUGAGUACAGACAACUAGAUCUUACUUUCGUAGAGGUAAGCCUAUAGAUUCAAGCCUUGAGCGGCAUUAGAGGUACAGUUUUAGAACCACAAAAGGCAGCAAAAUGCCUCAAAACAGUGAAAUAAACAUUGGAUAAGAGAUCAACUGACACAAACAGAUGCCUUCUGAAGAUGUGCAUUGAAAAACAUUCUUUUGUAUCGACCCUUCAAGAAGACUGCAAAGAAACCUGUUCUACUUAUUUCAUGUCUCCAUAGAGAUGCUGUGAAGGCUGGAAUCUCAAGAGUACUGUGGUUUGCCCGUUCUAGGAGCAGUCCUCAGCUUGCAUGUAAAAUACCCAGUGUCCUGGAUCACAUGCCUCCCGGUGACAGUGCGGAGUGCGAUGCGAUUCUGUUGUAUAUUUUCAUGGUCUUUUCAUAUCUUUCACGGUUACGAACAACUAGGUAUUGUCGUCCACAAUCUAACAUGGAAAGUCAGUCAUAAAGUAAGCAGCAUUAUAAAUUUUCAAAACCUACAAAAUGCACUUUUGUGACUCAGUUCACCUCAUUUCCAAUGUUUUUUUUAACAAUUUGAAAGGGUAUUUGCCUGUCAUAAUAGUCUUCAUAAUGAAUAUCCCCAUUGUACGUGAGCAAAACUGAUGUCGUGCCAGAAAGAAAAUCUCAGUGAUACAUUGCCGGGUCAGGCUUGCUUUGUUUGUGGUGAUUCAUUGUCGUCUAAAUACAGAGCAUUAAGUAAGCAUCAAUUCCUUUCUCAAAAG